ACUUACAUAAAGCGUAGAUGGGACAAAAGUGAGCUGCCCUAUCUGCUCUGAAUAGUUUUACAGUAAACACAGAUAGUCACAAAUAUGUCGGUGGUUAGUGGCGCCUUGUGCCGAAAUGUUUUGGCUAUUAGGAAUUCUGGCAUGAUGGUGAUGUCACGGCACGUUCAGACAGCUGCCGCGCCGGCUCCUGAACCCAGGAUCAAGAAGUUCCAGAUUUACCGCUGGGACCCAGACAGUGCUGGAGACAAACCACGAAUGCAGACAUAUGAAAUUGAUCUUAACACCUGUGGUCCAAUGGUUCUGGAUGCCCUCAUUAAGAUCAAGAAUGAGAUUGAUUCCACACUCACAUUCAGACGCUCCUGCCGUGAAGGUAUCUGCGGCUCAUGUGCCAUGAACAUAAAUGGAGGCAACACACUGGCAUGCCUUAACAAAAUUGACUCCAACACAAGCAAACCAACCAAAAUCUACCCGCUGCCGCACAUGUAUGUAGUCAAAGAUCUGGUGCCUGAUAUGAGCAACUUCUACGCACAGUACAAAUCCAUCGAGCCCUACCUGAAAAAGAAAGAUGAAGCUCAAGAAGGGAAGGCGCAGUAUUUCCAGUCGGUGGAGGACAGGCAAAAACUGGAUGGCCUGUAUGAGUGCAUCCUCUGUGCUUGCUGCAGCACCAGCUGCCCCAGCUACUGGUGGAACGGAGACAAAUACUUGGGACCAGCUGUCCUAAUGCAGGCGUACCGGUGGAUGAUCGACUCCCGUGAUGAAUUCACUGAGGAACGUCUGUCUAAACUUCAGGACCCCUUCUCUCUCUACCGCUGCCACACUAUCAUGAACUGCACCAAGACGUGUCCCAAGGGACUCAACCCAGGAAAGGCCAUUGCAGAGAUCAAGAAAAUGAUGGCGACUUACAAAGAGAAGAAAGCCGCAGCUUUAUGAACAUGUGAACAUCCCGCUGGCUUAAGAUUCAAUGACAAUAUCUUGAACUAAGUUAAGAAGAAGAGAAGAGCCGACCGGGAACUUUAGCCUACAUCAGCACUUUUUUUAUGAUUUUCAUGAGUGUGUGUGUGAGAUGUUAGUGUGUGGCUUUAUGAGCGAGAGGAAGACAGGAAAUUGUGAGAAAAGGAUGCUGGAAAGAACUGUUAAGCUAAAAAUGUUGAAAGAUGCGACAUGUCGGAACACUUUUCUGCUAUUUGUCUGCAAAGUAAAAAUGCUAGGCUCUGUUGUAUUUACUCUUUUGGAAAAGCUCAUGAAAUUGUACUGUAAAUAUUUAAAUAUGUGUUCAUUAAAGAUGUGCGGGGCUCA